UAGCUCUACCCAUCUCGCAUAACCCUACUUUCUCCCUCUCUUCCCGUCUUCCUUCUUUUCUCUCUCUUCCUCCUCCUCAUUCUUCUUUAUUCCUCAUCCCAUUGCCAUAAGUUACUCCUCCUGUUUCCAUCCUCUCCACUUUAUCCAUACUUGCUCACGUUCCAUCCUCCAUCCCUCUCCUCGUUAUAUCUCUCCUACCUAUUCUACCUCGUGGCCUACCUGUUCGACCGUACCUCCCUUAGGGCUAGAUCCCUCAACGGCUUGGGUCUUUGCGCUCCAUCAGGUGGUUCCAGCUCAUUGUUUCUAGCUCACUAGACAGAACAGAUUCGUCUCUCGUCUCGUUGUAGUUUCCUGCGUUUCGCCGCGAUUCCCUGCUCAUCAUGUGCCCUAUGAUGCUCAACAGCCUCUCCGACGGCCCAGCGAUGGUCCUGUCCCCUCCCCAGGAACACGCUUUUGUUCAGUAUCCUCACCAGACCCGCUUUAACCCUGGCGCCGAUGCACACCGGGGAUCAUUCUUCACGAAUGGCGCCCAUGGGUUCGCGAACUCCAAUAAUAACUUCACUGCCAAACCCUCCCGCAAGAGGUCGCGAGAUGAUGUCGGGUUCGACGACGGGGCCCCGAGCUCGGGUGGACCUGUCGCAUCGGCCCCUGCGCCCCUGGCACAGAAAGAAGAGAAACCCAUUUAUGGCCCAGGCAUGGUCCUGCUGAAUCCUCGUACCAAGAUAGCUAUCUCUGCCGAAAGUCAAACCGGCACGUGGUACGAGGAGAGUGCGGAGAAGACCGCCACAACUGCCGCUCCGGUCUCGUCCCGAUCUCAAAUGCUCCAUUCCGGCGCAUCCGAUAACCUCAGUCGCAAAUCCCAGCGACUGGAUCCUACCGCCCCGACUGUCGACGAUAUAACCCUCUCUUCCAUCCAGAGCCGGCUCGAUGAUACCAGUAAUACCGACGACAAUCGUCGCAUUCUUCCUGCAAGCUCUCGCCUCUCUCCGGAGGAGCCCACUGUCGACGAUGCCACCCGCCUGUUGGGGAUCAGCUGGCAGCGGAUCGUAACCGAAGACUCCGACAUGGCGGCUGCAGUGCGCGGCUGGAAGAAAUACAUUGACCGCCAAUUCUCCGCGUACCUCAUGGAUUCCGAGAUCCUCAUGAAGAACCGAGCAUUGAAUGCCUACCUUGUCACUGCACGCCCUAUUACUCCCAUGGGCCCUGCAUUCGUGCCUGCCUUCUUCCUUUUCAGCGAUGACCUCACCCAGGCCCAACUCGUGGGCUCCAACUGGGAGCUCUGCCUUCAGAACCUGCGUUCCAACCCGAUCGUCUUUGAGGGGACUCAGAUUCUCAAUGCCUCCGACAGACCUGCUUCGAGCAUGCCCGCCACGGCAACGCAGAACCUCUUGGGGGCCACGCAGGCCGAGCCUGGUCUUCCUCUUUUGCAAACACUCUGUGCCCAGCCCAGCAUGGUCGACACCGGUCUUGGUGCUGGAUUGAACAACAGCGUAGGAAUGGGGACGGGGAUGGAGAUUGACACGUAAAGCCAGCACAGCAUCCGUCAGCAACAGCGACAUUCCAUCAAAAGUUUGCCUCGCAGCCCGCCACUCGACCGAAUCAAUCGACCUCGACGAUGGGCCAAA